CUCCAAUCUCUGUAAUCUGGAAUAAUAGGAGAGAUCAGUGAAGAGAGCAUACAACACAAAAUUGAGAAGAAGAAAAAAAGUGAAAAACCCUCGCUCGCUCCCCACGUUUAAUUCCAUCAAUGCCGGAUAUCAUGCUCGACCAAGCACAUAAACCGGAAGAAGCAGCCGUUCCGAACAACUUACAGCAACACCACAAACAAGACGAAGAACAACAGCAAUCAGUAAUAGGAAAUGCAGAAUAUGAAGAUGAAGAGUUACAUAAGCUUCUAGUCCCUGACAUAGCCCAACUUCCUCUUACUCCCCCAUCUUCUGUUGAAUCCAACUUUGCCUCUUACUUUGCUCCAGAUUUUAUGAAACCAGGGAACGACCAGUAUGUUUAUCGACAUCCUAAUGGAUUGUGUGUUGUUGGCUUGGCUUCGACCCACUCGGCAUUUAAGGAUAAAGGUGGGGUCUCUGCCGUUGAUUUCAAUAUUGGCAAAUCCAAUCGCAGUGGUAUGAAGGUCACCGGAAAGAGAAAGAAGAAAGCUCAACACUUCGAGUCCAAUACAACUUUGUGCAUAGUUUGUACAAAUGAUGGUUCAUAUAUUAUAAGGUGUUGUGUUAAAGGUCUUUUGGAGGUGAAUGAAAGAUUGAUCAAACAGCCAGGCCUGCUUAAUUCAUCGGCAGAUAGAGAAGGAUACAUAGCAAUUAUAAUGCCAAAGCCAGCAGACUGGCAUAAGGUCAAGGCUUCCUUGUUGAGCCUUGGAGAAUUCAAGAAAUUGAGAGAAGCCGGCUCUAUACUUCCAUCACAUAAUUCAAGCUGAAGGAAUCCCUUUUUUUUUUUAUAGAUUUUUGCUGGGUUAAGUUAAUCACUGUGACAAACUCUAUACUUCUCCGGCUCUAGAUUCCGGCUGGCUGAAUUAUGUAGCACUGCUCCAUUUUUCUUUGUAUUUCCUUAAGCUAAAUAGUUCAAGAACAAAACUUUGUUUUGUUGUCCUGUCCCAUGAAAUGAUAGAAGCAGAAAAGUAAGCCAUUCUUCAA